AUGCCGUUGAGUAUCAAGGUUAACCUCCGGGUUACCGGACACUGCAAUCAAGGCGGCAGAAAAUACAUGGAGGAUAUGUUCAGUGUUGCUUACCAACAGACAUCCGAUGAUAAAGACCUGGAGUAUGCAUUUUUUGGUAUUUUUGAUGGACAUGGGGGCGGUGAAGCCGCCACGUUUGCCAAGGAACAUCUCAUGGAUAUUAUUGUCAAGCAGAAGAACUUUUGGAGUAACAAGGACGAGGAUGUGCUCAGGGCUAUACGGGACGGUUAUGUUAACACUCACUACGCCAUGUGGCGGGAACUUGACAAAUGGCCGAGGACAGCGUCAGGGCUCCCAUCGACUGCCGGUACAACAGCGACCAUCGCUUUCAUCCGCAAAGGCAAGAUUUACAUCGGUCAUGUGGGUGAUUCUGCGAUAAUCCUGGGCUACCAAGAGGACGGUGAUCCAAAUUGGAAAGCUCGGCCUCUAACCAAUGAUCACAAGCCAGAAUCAAUUCCCGAAAUGACUCGUAUCCAAGAAUCCGGUGGUAAAGUUGUUUGGAAAUCGGGGGUUCCCCGAGUUGUGUGGAAUCGUCCUCGAAUUGGUCACAAAGGUCCAGUCCGUCGUUCAACGCAUAUAGACGAAAUACCCUUUCUGGCAGUGGCACGUUCCCUGGGUGAUCUCUGGAGCUACAACUCUGAACUCAACACAUUCGUUGUCUCCCCAGAGCCAGACGUCAAGGUCAUGACAGUAGAUGUCAAGACCCACCGUUGCUUGAUCUUCGGUACAGACGGCCUGUGGAACAUGUUGACACCAGAGAUAGCAGUCGCCCUGGUCCAAAGGGCUGAGAGGCACAAUGAAAAACAGUUCAUCGCCUCUCAGCAGACAGGCAGUGGCGGUGACACCCAGAUGUGGAUAAAUCCUUCGAAGAGUCUGGUGGACUCAGCUUUGGAGAGAUGGUCCUCAACUCGCCUGAGAGCUGACAACACAAGUGUUGUGACGCUAAUGCUGGAUCCACCGGGUUCAGCCCAAGGGGAUUUUGUAGUGUCACGAAAGAAGGAGAAAUUCGCACCGACAGGGCCUCAGCUGCAGCCCCAGGCACGCCCUUGUGCCUCUAUUUCCCCUUACAUUCGUACUGUACAGAUGAGGACAGAGGCAGAACAACAAGUAGCUGAUGUUAUUCAGGAUGCUCCAGUUGUGGAGGCGAUGGCUUCUGAUGCUGUGACAAAUCAACCUCCUCAGUGUCCCUCCUGUUUGCCCUCAGGAACACCUGAAGAUGCUCCAAAGGUGCCAAAAGCUGCAGAGGUCCCCGAAGCAUCCGUUGAAAUGUCAGAAAUUGAAGAAACUAAAUCCUCCAGAGACAGUGAUGAUAUUGUCCAGUCGUCGGCGAGCUUGAUGCCUGCUUCAGGUCCGAAUGAGGUACCUGAGGGUGCUCCAGAGGUUCCAAAGUCUUUGGAGAUUCCCACAGCUUCUGAGAGCAUUCAGGUUGCUGAGGUCUCUUCGAGUGAUGCUGCUACUUUCCAGAGUAAUGGCUUGCAGGAGGAGAGGAGUUCUGGUGAUGUGCCAGAUUCUGAACCACAGAAACCGGACUCACCUUCCAAGGACCUAGAGGAGAUACCAUCCAACCAGACACCACCUGUAAAUCAGUCUCUCAGGAAGCCACUGAAUCCGUCUAACAGUAUUCAAAAGCUAUUAUUGUCGAGCAAGUCAGAGACUUUUAGAAUCACCAGGCAAACUGAUGAGAUCAACAGCGGACCCAGACUGAGGAGAUCCAAUCAAUUUAGCAUUCAGAGUAUUAAAGAGGUAUCCACGACGUUGAGUACGAGGAGAACCCACUCGAGUAUCGGGGAGAAGAGGACUUUGCUCAUUGCCAGGAGCGCCAAAAGACGAACUGUCGUUGGCAAUCGUUCUCAGGUGAUGCCGGCGUGUUCUUCGUCGAGAUUGACCCGGAAAAAGGAAGUUGAAGUGGUGGAUUGUAUGAGGGAGGCAUCAGGGAAUUCAGUGGAUCCCAUCAGGGAAGGCUCAGCUAAGAGGAGACACAGUUCCACUUUCGAAAAAGAGGAGGCAAUCUUUGGGGAGCAGGAGCCAUGCUCCAAGAGAAGAACCAGGUCCGAGGAUAGGCGGUGCCCUGGGGACGAGAAUAAUCCAGAUAAUCAGGAAAAACAAGCACCCAAACAGACCCGAGUCAGAUGGCCGGGCUGUUCUCUAGCCUCAAAGACACGAAGUUCAACUCCAGGGACCUCGUACACUUCCUCUUCUCCGAAAGACUCCCACCAGGAGAGAAUAUCCUCUCCUGGUUAUCAGCGAAGAAGUCUGGAGAAAAAGGCAACACCAGUGAAGACAAUCAGAAGGCCCUCAAUUAAUGGAGUCAGUCGUGUUCAGUUGCGUGGUAGUUUUGCUCUGAGGGAUUCUCUUACCCCCUGGGAUCAGUCCAAGGGCUCCAGGAGAUCGACUUAUGAGAGAAGGAGUACAUCCCUGAAUCGAACUAGUGGUGAGUCAUCCAGUACUCCCCAGAUGUGGCUGAGGUCUGACACAAUUGCUGCCACACCUAUCAAGACCCUGAGAUCAAGGAAUGUCGACAUCACUGGACAUACAGUGCCUCCUCAGGUCGCCCAUCAGUAUGGAAUUGUCAAGCAGAAUAGAAGUCUUGGUAGCAAGGUAAGCACUGGGGGAAAAGGAAAAAUUAAACAGGGAACGAGCCUUGGGGGCGGUGGUACCAGUGGUAGUGGAGGUGGCGUCAGUGGGAUUGCUAAGAGAGUCAAGUCUGUUAGUCCUUAUAAUCCCAGCGCUAGGUCACUCAACACGAGGUCCAGACUCAAACGACUAGGGAAGUAAAUGUUUAUUCCAAUUCUGAAUUCUUCAAUUGUUCUAGUUGUGAAGGAACUUGAAGGCCUCGGAUGUCUUGGACUUCAGAGAAUUGUUUUGACAAAAUGAGUAAUAAAAAAUUGAGUGAAGGAGGUGAAAAUUAAAACCUAAUCUCAAUGUAAAUUAUUCACUGUCCAGGUGGAAUUGGUAUCGUGGAAAGAAUGACCACAAAAAUAAAUUCUCAAAAAUAUUUUCAAUGAGUUGACAAAAUAAAUAAAUUGAUAGAGCCUCUGAAUGAAUAGACAUCCACCAAAACGGAGUCUGAGUCAUCGAGGUACAGACUUCACUGCUGAAUAUUUUAAAAAUUAAUUCUAGGUAGCCUUGUUCCUUCAGUUUGGUUUUUUCCUUGUUUAGAUGAUCAUUAUCAUAUUUUCCAUUUCCUUUGGAAUUGGCGGUGUCUCUUUUUUACUGGAACUUUUGUCCGACAGAUCGAAUUUGAGGGGGUAAUUAUUGUAAUCUUGAGCUCUAGUUCUUUCGACUAUGGACUAGCCUCCAAUUUCCAUGAUUUUUAUGUUACAAUCAACUUCAUCUCCCAAGGAUUAAAAAGAAAAACAAAGUGAUCCUAACCUCAAAACUUCAUUUCGUUGCUAGUGACAAGACUUUCGCCCCAAAGUUCUGAUUAGUAUUGAAAUAGGUCCAUUAAAAAUCGAAGUGACUGAGUUUUGAGUUGAAAAAAUCGACAAUUGAAUUUCCAGUGAAUUAUUAGUUCAAUCUUAUCAUGAUUCUCUGAUUGAAUCCUGUCGUCUUUAUCGUCUUCCUUUAUAUUUACUUUUUGCUAAUUGUAUCAUUGUUGAAGUAAAAAAUCUGGGUUUUGUGGGGAAGAGUCAAAAGUCUAAUAAUUCAACAAGAUGAAGUGAAAAAUACAAUGAGGUUGUUGACAUCAUGAAUUAUUCAUCACCUCAGUUGUUUUUUUUUAUCGCUUAACCAAUCGAUUGAUGAAUUAGAAAUCCAUCGCAAACUCGGGGCCCUGCUGUAGACUUUAGACUGACGUCCCUCUUGUUUUAUACUAAAAUUGAUGGAAAAUGAAAAUUUCUGAUGAACUUUCUAAUUACAGGGAUUUCCACUUAAAUUAUUUAAAUUGUAGAAAAGAAAAAUUACAAAAAACAUAACAUAAUCUAAAAUGUAAAAAAGAUUUAUAACGACACGUGCCUAUUAAGUUACCAAGCUGAGUGGCUAAUAAGCAAAAAAUGUGAAUUUAAGAAUUAUAAAGAGUAUAAAGACAUAAAUAAUACCUCGAUAGUGUUUUACGUGUACAGAUGAGCGAAUUUAUAAGAAAUGAGUGGUUGAAAAAUUUUGAAGGGUCGAAUAUGUACUAAAAUGAUAUACAAAUUUUGGAAUUUCGGGUUGAAAUGGAGAACAGCAAAGGUUAUUUCACUGAUGAAUAACUUCCAGAGAAAAUGGCAAGAGGAUUUUAGUCGGAGAAUGUAAUUAAUAGUAAAAAAAAAUGUCUUGAUCAUUUUCUCAUCCCAACAACUUCCAAGAUGAACAACAUUGGAAGAGUUUUUGACAAUAGAAAAUUCCUUUGGAAUUGUAUUGUCUCGGGAAUAAACGAUAUUUUGGAAAUUCUUACAAACCUGUGGGAAGAAAUUAAUUCCCAAAAAUCUCUUGACUUUUUCUCGUGACAUUUGCAGUUGAAAUAUACGUUUCUUCAUUUCAGUACUGAUUUCAAGGAAUUAUUUAAUUAACUGAUGAGCUAUUUCGUGUGCAAGCUGUGCACAUGCGGACGUUACAUACACGACUUGAACAUUUAAUUAUCGUAGAGUAAUUGGUAGAUGAAACUCUACAUCAUCUGUGGUAGACAAAAAUGAAAUCAGAUAUUUUUUGAUUAUCGAGUUGAUUCGCUUUAAAAAUUGAAUUAAUCAAAUUAGGGUUAGGUGAAUGAUAAAUUGUUGGAAUUCAACAAUUUGUUUUUAUUUUUGAGAAUUUUAGGGUAGUGUGAUUGUCCACAUUUAUAAAUAACGGAUAAUUGAUGUAAAAUAGCGAAUCGUAACUCGAAAAAAAGAAAAAAAAUGUGAUUUAAUUGAUGAGUGGAAACAGAACCAGGAGAAUUGAAAUCUGUAUAUUUUAAUUUUAGUUGAGGGAGUCUCCAGAGAUGGGAUAACGAAUAAUUAAUAAUAAAAGUAUAAAUAGUCAAUAA